AUGACAAAAAGAAGCCGCCCUUCUUCUCCUGAAUCACCAGAAGAAGUUCCCGUGAUAGUCGACGAGUCGUCGACUUCAACUCAGCGACCUGUGCAAUCCCAUCCUGAAGAGAGUUGCGAGAGAAAUGACGCUCGUAUAAAGAAGGCUCUUGUAAUGAAAUAUGUAGCCCUCUCUUAUUCAAAGAAUGAGGAACAAUUAUGGGAAACAGUCGCAAAAGAAGUGGGCAUAUCAGCUCAGAAGGCCAAGGAAGUACACCGGGGACUUGAUGAAAAAUCGAUUACAUUCUAUGUCAAACAAGCCUCCAGUGGCGGUGUCGAUUACACAAUUCUCCCUCCGCAUGGCAACAAUACGGCCCACGCAGAUUUUGAAAUGUUAAGCGCCAAUUUGACCAACGUGAAUCCAGCCGAGUGGUUCGCAAUCUACCAAAGCUGCGUGAAGCAUUUUCUAGAUAUAGCACAGCAUAGACCCAGACCAAGAUCACUAGCUGCACUCAUCAACAUCCGUCUUCCCUACCAGUGGGACACCACUCCAAUAUGUGGCUAUUUCAAGGAGACCAACUCCAAUGACUUUAGCAAAGAGUCAAGACAAUACGGCCCCGUGUCACUGAUUCCGUAUAUCCGACGGCUUGUGGUGACAGCAACAGACACACCCAGCAACAUGCAAGAGCUGUUCGGUGAUGACUGGGUCGUGGGGAUUAGCUCACUGCACGUCCAGGAGAGAGUAAAUUACCUCUUUGCGGCAAAGAGCAGCGGCUGGCUGAAGACAAAGGCUCAUUACGAUAACGCUCCGCACGAGACUAUCCCUGCUCUUCUUCCGCUGCGGGAUCCGCAAGAAGAAGAGCUUCGCGCAGCAGAUGCGCAGUGGAGCCGGUGGUUACUAAUGGAAGACUGGAUGGUGGGACCGCGGAGUCCGUUUAACGAAACGCCAGAAAACGACUGA